GAUCCAAGAAUAGUUCAGAUAGAUGUGUGUAAUUUCUAGAGCAGAACCCCGAGAGAAAUGAAACGCCCGAUUCCAGAAUGACACUUCGAUGUCACUUCAGCGGGCCCUGUGAGGUGGAAUACGAAGCUCCUAACGCUCAGGAAGUGGAAUUUGUGGUUUAGGGGGCCGAGCUCUGAAGGAGUUGAGAGAGACAAAAAAAAAAAAAAAAAAAAAAGCUAACUCAAGUACCAUUGCUCCUUAAAGGGACGCUAAAUUUAAAGUCACCCAAACUAGGAGGCUAAGGCGCAACUCCCCCUCGUCUGCAGCCCGGCUUCUUUCAGCCCUCCAAAUGGGUCGCCUCCCCUCCGCCGCCUCCCCGCGGGAGACUCGGGGGUGACUCUCGCCGCCACCGUUUCCCCGACGCUUAGAAGAGGGAGUUGCGGCCGUGACAGCACCCCACCAUGCCGAGGUCCUUCCUAGUGAAGAGCAAGAAAGCGCACAGCUACCACCAGCACCGCUCCGCUGACGAGGACUACAGCCUGCGGCUGGAGACGGUGCUAGCCCAGAUCUGUGCAGACAGCAAGAUCCCCGAGGACACGGGGCUGUGCCGUACCGUCUUGCCCGAUCCGGAGCCUUCCCAGGGGUGCUUCUCCCCGGAAUCCCACCUUACCGAGGCUGCCGAUGGCACCUCCGAGUCAGCGCCCAGCUCCGAGGGCAGCGUCUGUGACAGAGUGUCUGAGUUUGAGGAUUUUUGGAGACCUCCUUCGCCCUCUGUCUCGCCAGCCUCCGAGCGAUCUGUGUGUCCGUCCCUAGAUGAAGCACCCCCCUUCUCGAUGCCCUUCAAACCAUACAUGUGGAAUAGCCUGGGUGGCUCUGAGCUGCGGCACCUUGUGCAAAGCUACAGGCCCUGCCCAACGCUGGAGCGAACCUCAGCCCUGGGGCUCUUCUGUGAACGAGGCUCUGAGCCUGCCCUCUACGGCGCAGAGUGUAGCUCCUCCCUUGGACUUUAUGGUGACUUCGGCUCCCCGGGCCCGGGGCUGUUUGAGCGGCCGCCAGCAGCAGCACCCGGACUCUAUGCCGAGACACAGCCUGGGCUGCAGCCAGAGAAGGGGUCAGGUGGCAUCAAAGUGGAGUCAGACAUCUUGUGCCGCCCAUUGCUCAUCAGUGCUGGCUCUUACAAGUGUGUCAAGUGCAGCAAGGUCUUCUCCACGCCACAUGGCCUUGAGGUACAUGUGCGCCGCUCACACAGUGGCACGAGGCCCUUCGCCUGUGACAUGUGUGGCAAGACCUUUGGUCAUGCAGUCAGUCUGGAGCAGCACAAGGCCGUGCACUCGCAGGAACGCAGCUUUGAUUGUAAGAUUUGUGGCAAGAGUUUUAAGAGAUCUUCUACUUUGUCCACCCACCUGCUUAUCCACUCGGAUACCCGGCCCUAUCCGUGCCAGUACUGUGGGAAACGGUUCCACCAGAAAUCUGAUAUGAAGAAACAUACCUUCAUUCACACAGGUGAGAAGCCUCACAAGUGCCAGGUGUGUGGAAAAGCCUUUAGUCAGAGCUCCAACCUCAUCACCCACAGUCGGAAGCACACAGGCUUCAAGCCCUUUGGCUGUGAUCUGUGUGGCAAAGGCUUCCAGCGCAAGGUGGAUUUACGGAGACACCGGGAGACACAGCACGGCCUGAAAUGAGUCCCAGCUGCAAUACAGAAAGCACCUACAACACUAUGAGAACAGACUCCCUCGGCUUCCUGCUGGACCUGAGCCCUGUCCUGAGCAUAGACCCUGGCAUUAUCUUUCUGACCAGGAGCUCGGAGAGGAAAGGACAGGGCCACGUAUUGACAGCUCAAUCUGGAUGACCGUGAAGGCAGAAAUUAAAAAGGCUGGGGUUUCUCUCUUUCUCUCCCCUUCUCUGUUUCUGAAAUAACACUGGAAAAUAAGCCUUUUAGAUAUGAAGCCUCAUACUCCAAAGAUGGAUAAGCUACGAAAUAUCUGUAAGCUGGAAAAUAUUUCUCCCACAGCCAAGAUGAACCCCCUGAAGUUUUCAGUACCUCGAAUCACCUUGCAGGGACACAUGGGUUUAACAGUGUUUACAUGGUAAUGACAGAGAGCCAUCAGCACGUGGUGUGGGGAGCACUUGCCUUGGUUGAGUUUCAGCACUGAAUAGCUUCACUCUUGGUUUCCUGUCAGGAAAACCUGGAGGAUCAGGACUGAACUGUGCAGCUUGACAUCUUGCUGGUUUUCAAGCAAAGAUUCCAGCUCGGGCCUGAUCCUGCUCUCACUUGCUGUGGUGCAAAUCAGGAGCUGCAUAAAUAGUUAGGGAGAGCUUCUUCUUAUCCUCCCAGAGCCAUCUCUCUGUCUGUGCAAGGCCUGGCUGUGUGCCUGGGAGUUUGAGGCAUGGGGGGGUUGCUUCUUGCUACAUCCACUGGGGAGAAGGAAGCUUGUGAAAGACGAGUGGAAAAGCCAAAGCACAGAGUUACGCCUUAAAACUAGAAAUCUAGCAAGUGAUCCUGUCUGAAGAGGGCAGGAGCACCAGGAGACGCAGACUUUCUGUCCAGAACUAUUACUGGCUUCCGCACUCUGGGCUUGUUCUAAUAACUGGAAAAUAGCUACUCAAUAGCAAAAUUUGUAUAUUUGUUGUUUUUUUUGUUAGUUGUUUUUUUUUUUUAAUUUUUAAAGAGAAACUCAGCUGAGGUGGGCAGGAAUCAUUGUAAAAGUACGAUUGACUGAAUUUGCCUUAAAUGACCCUGCAUGUACCUCAGUUAAAAAAAUGCUGUUUUUACUUUGUUGACAUGUUUGUAAAUGUGCUUAUUUAGAUAUUAUGGAGUGUCUUAUGUUUAUUGACGUAUUUAUUGGAACAAUGUUUUAAGUUAAUAAAGUAUUGAGGAUGGUCCAGAGUGAUUUUUAUUUAAUAUGUAACUUCAGCACAUCUGUGAACGUCAGCCAGUACAACAAUACACCACGCUGAUGGUCAGGGAUGUGGAGAGGAGGGAAUGCAGGCACAGCAGAAUUUGCACAAGGGCUCUGGUGAUUACAGAACACCACUGUCGUAUUGAUUUG